CUCAUUCACGAGUCCUCACAGCCAGCUUCAUCAUCUCACUCCUUCCUUCCUAUCUCAUUCCUCUCUCCGCCUCUGUUUCUCACCCCACAACCCCCUUCUCUUCUUCUUCUUCCUCCCUCUACCAUGGCUGAAAAGGUCGCUCUCAUGAGGCUCAAGGUUGACCUUCAGUGCUCCAAGUGCUGCAAGAAGGUCAAGAAGGUUCUCUGCAAAAUCCCUCAAGUUCGAUCCCAGGUGUUUGACGAGAAGCAGAACAUGGUGAACAUCACUGUGGUGUGCUGUGACCCGGAGAAAAUCCGAGACAAACUCUGCUGCAAGGGAGGCGGUGCUAUUAAGAGCAUUGAAAUCGUCGAACCACCUAAGAAGCCUGACGACAAGAAGAAAGACGGCGACAAGCCUAAGUCCGAUGGCGACAAGCCCAAGGGCGGCGGCGGAGAAGGUGAGAAAAAGAAAGACGCCGGUCCUAAGAAGGAUGGUGGAGACAAACCCAAGGACAAGGGCGGCGACAAACCUGCCGACAAGCCCAAGGACAACAAGCCCGCCGAUUCCAAGCCGACGCCUGCAGGCCCGGUCGCGAUGCAGGUUCAACCACCACCGCCGGUGGCGAUUCCGGCCGGGAUGGUUGUUGCGCCGUACUAUGAAGGGUAUCCUUCUGGGCCAUACCACCAUGGGUACGUCCAGCCUGUGCCUGCCAUCGUUUACGACGGAUAUUAUGGGAGGCCCGUUUACGACAGCUACGGCGUCGGAGGAAGGCCGGUCUACGUCAGCCGCUGCGAUCAAUACCUCAGCGAAGAAAACCCACAGGGCUGUUCAAUCAUGUAAAUGCUGCUCAAAUUCAACUUUCUUUUUUCCUUCAUGAAUAGUGUUCGUGUGAAACGGGGGAAAUAAACGGUGGGCCGACCAUAACUAAGAGAUUAUAAGUAUUAUUAUUGUUAUUAUCAUUAUUUAUAGGUUUUUGGUACAUGUUUCAGAUCUGAUUCAUUCGAGUUAAUAAAUAUUCGCCUUCUUAAAA